AUGGAAGUUGUGAUAAAAGAGCAUUGUUUUGUCUGUUUUGAAACAAUAGAGAAUCAGCUCAAAGGAACGAACUACCAUAAGGCACUUGAUGCCAUAAAUGCGAAAUUUCCAAAUACUUCCUAUCCUUUGUUUUGCACUUGGUUCAAAGAUGGAGAUUUAAGAGGAUGCAUUGGUACAUUCUCAUCAAUGAAGAUGCCCGAUGGAUUAGUUCGCUACUCUAAGAUCGCCGCAUUCAAAGAUGAUCGUUUUAGUCCAAUGAAAGCAGAUGAAAUUCCGAAACUUAAGUGCGAAGUCAGCUUUUUGCAUUCUUUUGAGAAGUGCAGCAAUUUAGAUGACUGGGAAGUUGGAAAGCAUGGCACAAUUUUCGAAUAUAAUGACUACAAUUCAACUUUUCUUCCAGAAGUUGCUCAAGAACAAGGCUGGACAAAGAAAGAAACAAUUGCAGAGCUUGCUUAUAAGAGUGGUAUUUACCAUAAACUUUCCCAAAAAGAAUUAGAAAAAGUUUCUUUACAAAGAUACCAAUCAGCACAUAUUGAAGUAACUUAUCAAGAAUAUGUUGAUUAUGAAAACUCUAAAUAA